AUGUGCUAUUCUGCCGAGGACCACUUACUCGAGGAUGUCGCUCCUGAGCAUUUUCAGUGGCCCAACGUGAAGAUUCGCUAUCUCCGCCCGGCAAUUUGGGCACUUAUUGUCUCUGGAGGAAUCUUUACCGGUCUUGCUUACCUUGAAGCGAAGAAAGAGCUCAAAUCGAGAAAGUCGUCUGGAUGGCUAGAAGCGCCACAAUGGGGCAUGCAGAGGCGUACAGCGCCAACACCUACUGAACUUGCUACGCAAUGGUGGGGACGGCUCGACAACAUUUCGAAGUUAAGUUGUGGUAUCAUUGCUGCCAACAGCGCCGUCCACUUGACGAGCUUUGUGGCACCUCAAUUCUGGAACGCUUUAUGGCACACACCAGCCCGCAACGUCAACUACACUCAGUUCACAUCAAUGUUCGUGCAUUCUGGGCCAUUCCAUUUGUUCGUCAAUAUGUACGCCACCUACAACUUCAUGUUACCCGUAGGCUAUUCGCGUGCUUUCGAGGGCCAGCCAUAUCAUGUCCUGUCCUUUUUCCUUGCGACUGGAGUCCUUUCAGGCUUCGCACAGCACUGGGCAACUCUCAUAACGCCUUCAAAGAGAGCGAUACCUGAGAUCUUCAUCAAAAGUGGAGGUGCAAGUGGAGCACUUUUGGGCAUACUUGGUGCCUUCUGCAUGGAGUACCCUCACGCAGGAUUGGGCAUUAUGUUUAUUCCUGUGCACUUCGAAGCGCAAUACGUGUUGCCAGCUGUCAUGCUAUUCGACUUCAUUGGAAUGGUUCGCGGCUACUCGUUUGUGAACUUUGGACAUGCGGCAGGUUGCAAGUUUCUCCUCUCCCAGCAUAAGCUAAUUGUUGUCAGGCGCAUCUUUCCGGCACUUUGCUCGGAGUGGGUUAUUGCUACCUGGAUGGAAAGGACAAGAUCUGGAAGCCCCUUGUUCGGUUCUGGAAGCAAAGGCUGCAAUAGAAUAACAACAAGAAACGCACAUAGCAAACACGAGUCAACACAAGGCCGAAAUUCGCAACACCAAGACAGCGCAGCAUGGACGCUCCCGCAUUGCCAAUUGACAAUCUGA